GCUUCAGCCACAACAACGUAUGCAUGCGUGUCAUUCCGUCCAGGCUAAUUCAUGGCCCUUGAACCGGCCUCAAACGGCUAUGCGCCAGUAGACUCUGCAGAAGAUGGCUACCAGCACAGCCGGUCGCUUUCGGGCGACGUUCAUCUUGCCAGCGUCGCGGAAAAGCGACGACUGUGGCGGAGAAACGCACUCAUCAACGCCGCACUUAUUGCAUGCUGGUUCCUCUUCGCCACCGUCCUCUCAGUCUACAACAAAUGGAUGUUCUCACCAGACCGGUUCGGCUUCCCGUCGCCGCUCUUCGUAACGACAUUGCAUAUGGCAGUGCAAUUCCUACUUGCCACGCUCCUCAGAACGUGCUGGCCGUUGCUGUUUCGGCCACAGCACAGCCCUAACAGGGCAGACUACCUCCGUCGCGCUGUACCAACAGGUGUUGCGACGAGUCUCGAUAUCGGACUCUCUAACUUAUCCCUCAAGCUCAUUACUCUGUCGUUCUACACUAUGUGCAAGACCUCAUCAUUGAUAUUCGUCCUCUUUUUCGCCUUUCUCUUCCGGCUGGAGGUGUUCUCCCUGCGCCUGGUUGGCGUCAUGUCGCUCAUAUUCAUCGGCGUGAUCUUGAUGGUCGCAACCGAGACCCACUUUGAACUCACAGGAUUUCUCCUCGUCGAGUUUGGGAGUGCCUUGGCGGGAUUUCGGUGGAGUCUCACGCAGCUGCUCCUUCGAAGCAAGAACAUCGGCUUCGACAAUCCUGCGGCGACGCUGUUCUGGCUUACACCGAUUAUGGGGGCGACACUGGCUAUCCUCACGCUGAUAGUAGACGGGCCGCACAAAGUGUUCUGGUCGGAGUUCUUGCGAACACUCUUCUUCCUGAUAUCCCCUGGAAUCAUCGCAUUCUGCAUGGUCCUGAGUGAAUUUUACAUCCUGCAGCGAGCGGGCAUAGUGCCGAUGUCUAUUGCUGGGAUCGCAAAGGAAGUUACGACAAUCAGUGCCUCAGCCUGGUUUUUCGGGGACGAACUCACGCCACUGAAUCUCACUGGAGUAUCAAUAACCAUCUGCGGCAUCGGUCUGUACACGUACCACAAAUAUCGGAGGUCCAUGGACGCGACUGUUCCUCUCGAUGCCCACGGCAAUCCGAUCAUAGAUACUGACCAGGGUGGCGAUGCAGACAGCAGCAUGCCCCUACAGGAAGGCUUCGCUGAGGAGCGGGAGCCAUUAGCUGCAGAUUCAGACCUUAUUCUCGAGUCCGGUGCUGAGGACCGCCGGGUUCCGCGGCAUCCAAACGGCUCAGAGACCCUCUUUGACGUGGGAAGCGAAGAUGAGGAAGAACGUCUGGAUCAUGGCACAGCGCACAAGCCAUAGACUUGAGACCCGGAGUUUUACUGGAUGAUAGGGUGACAUCACAGGACGCAUGGGGCUCUGGUCAUGGGGCUCCGUACUGAGUGUAUUAGUUCCGUGAUAAUGUAGUUGAAUGGGUGGACAUCAGUGAUUGGGCUUACUCUACGCACAAACCCUGCAGUGCUUCGACCUGAACUCUGGCCACAACUAAACAGUAUAACUCUGUACCAUUACCCUACUGUGUUGGUCGCGAAGUAUCACUGUUCUGCGCACAGAGCUCGGCCCGCACAUUCCUUCGCGGGAACUGCACAACUCCUUUGACGAGGACCUGAAAAGUGCUUGGUCGUCU